GCAAGCAGGGCGUUUGUGCGCAGGACCGGAAAUGAGAACCGAAAGGACAGCCGGGAAAUUGAGUUUCUGGACUGAAUCAGAAUGCAGAAUACACUACAUGCACAAUCACUUCCGCAUUGUACGUAGUACUGCUCAGCUGUUUACGGUACAACAACAACAAUGGCAACCUUCUACACCCGGUGUUUACAAGAGCUCCCGAAAUAGGAAAUGACCGAUGUUCAUCGAAUUUGCCGUACGACUAAAUCCUCAGCCAGCAGAUUGGACAAAGGGUUCAAAUGAUAUGCUGCAUCAUAUAUUCAUGAUUACGAAGGGUAAGUUCAACUCUCAGAAUGGAGAACAUGAGAGAUUUGAAUGAGGAAGAGGACAACUCUUCAGUCUCCAGCUGUCUGUCUCUGAAGAGUGACCGGUCUAAAGAGCAUCCUCCAGUCUUCAGUAAUGAUCCUAGACCCUCAGACACAAAACUGGUUGGCUGUAGUUUGGCCGAGAUCAGCUGUGCUGCUCUGGCCUCAGCUCUGAAGUCCAACCCCUCCCACCUGAGAGAUCUGGACCUGGGUCUCAACGAUCUGCAGGAUUCAGCAGUGAAGCUGCUGAGUGAUCUUCUGGAGAGUCCAGACUGCAGACUGGAGACUCUCAGACUGAGGGACUGCAGUUUGUCAGAGAUCAGCUGUGCUGCUCUGGCCUCAGCUCUGAAGUCCAACCCCUCCCAUCUGAGAGUUCUGGACCUGAGAGAGAACGAUAUGAAGGAUUCAGGAGUGAAGCUGCUGAGUGAUUUUCUGGAGAGUCCAGACUGCAGACUGGAGACUCUCAGACUGAGUGGCUGCAGUUUGUCAGAGAUCAGAUGUGCUGCUCUGGCCUCAGCUCUGAAGUCCAACCCCUCCCAUCUGAGAGAUCUGGACCUGAGCGAGAACGAUCUGAAGGAUUCAGCAGUGAAGCUGCUGAGUGAUUUUCUGGAGAGUCCAGACUGCAGACUGGAGACUCUCAGACUGAGUGAAUGCAGGUUGUCAGAGAUCAGCUGUGAUUCUCUGAUCUCAGCUCUGAAGUCCAACCCCUCCCAUCUGAGAGAUCUGGACCUGGGUCUCAACGAUCUGCAAGAUUCAGGAGUGAAGCUGCUGAGUGAUCUUCUGGAGAGUCCAGACUGCAGACUGGAGACUCUCAGACUGUGGAGCUGCAGGUUCUCAGAGAUCAGCUGGGCUGCUCUGAUCUCAGCUCUGAAGUCCAACCCCUCCCAUCUGAGACAUCUGGACCUGAGUGGCAACAAUUUGAAGGAUUCAGGAGUGAAGCUGCUCAGUGAUCUUCUGGAGAGUCCAGACUGCAGACUGGAGAAAUUCACACUGAUGGGCUGCAGGUUGUCAGAUAUCAGCUGUGCUGCUCUGAUCUCAGCUCUGAAGUCCAACCCCUCCCAUCUGAGAAAGCUGAACCUGAGUCACAACGAUCUGCAGGAUUCAGGAGUGAAGCUGCUGAGAGAUCUUCUGGAGAGUCCAGACUGCAGACUGGAGACUCUCAAACUGAGGUUCUGCAGUCUGUCAGAGAUCAGCUGUGCUGCUCUGACCUCAGCUCUGAAGUCCAACCCCUCCCAUCUGAGAGAUCUGGACCUGAGUAACAACAAGCUGAAGGAUUCAGGAGUGAAGCUGCUGAGAGAUCUUCUGGAGAGUCCAGACUGCAGACUGGAGACUCUCGGGAUCAAUGACGAGACGAUCACAGCCAAGAUGCAGAAGAAAUGUCCAUGAGGGAAUAUUGUUAACCAUCAGGCAGUAAAUGCAGCCCCGUAAUCCUGCAUUUGGUUCCUUUCCUUCAGUUUCUGUCCCUCAAAUCUUUGGAAACAGUCAGAAAAACGGCUACGGAGAACACGAAGUACCGUUUUAAAUGAUGACUUUUUUUUGCUUUAAUCACCCCGACUGAAUUAAUCACACGUGACUAUUUUUCACUCAUGUUCCCGGUAAUACCUUCCACUCUAUUUUUGCUUAACUUCUAUUCAUAAAAAUAGUCUAAAUAAACUGCAGUGAGUAACAUUUCCAUGAAGAUAUUCAGAAAAUCAAUACCAAGAAGCACAUGAUGAGGUUUUUCAGUGUCUGACAGGCUGUUGUAGUAUUGUCAUACUGAUAUUUUGUACAAACUGUAAAGUCCACUGAGACAAAUGUAACAUUUGUGAUAUUGGGCUAUAUAAAUAAACAUUGAUUGAUUGAUUGUAGACAAAGUAUGCUGCAAUAGCACUGCAUGUUAUUAUUGUUAUUCCCACAUGUUUUUAAUGUAUCUAGUUUUACAUGAAUUUUUGGUUGUUUUUCAUAGUGCACAUUUUGCUGAUUGUGUUUGCUGACACCUGACUAUAUGGACGGAGACAACAUGAAGCUUUCACUGAGGGGACUGACAAAAACAAAUACCCAACACCUGGGCAGAGAUAAUACAUUUACAAUUGUGAAUAAUGUUUGAUAUCCUGAUGGUAAACCCUUCUUACCUUAAUGUUCGUUAAUUUUGAACACACAGGUUCUUCCUUUCUCUGCAUCCUGCUCUGUUUUUGUCCUUCAUUGAUCUAUUGUUGCUGUGCUAUUUCUAAAAAACAAUAUCGAGUGAGCUAGUAACUGGAGAGGUGCCAUUUCACCUCCAAGGCCACUGCCGAGGUUCCCUUGAGCAAGACACCUAACCUCGAAACUGCUCCCUUGGCUCCGGGUACCUGGCAGCCUCUCUGCUCUGCCACCUCUCCUUUGUAUAGAAUAAUUAUGAUGAUGAAUGCAUUCUUUUACCAGUCAAAUACAGCAACACAUCUUUGAUUCAUGUCGUUUAUAACUGGACUGUUACAAUUAUUAUUAACUUUGUCUGUAGGCU